AUGAAAAUUAUAAUUUCAGUUUUAAUUUUAUUUAUUUGUUUUAAUCAAAUUGUUUUAUCAGAUUAUACAUAUUUUAAAGUCCAAACAACAACUUGUAAAGAUAGAGUUGUUGAAGUUGAUGGUUGCUCUAAAAACUCUGCUGGAGGAUGUGCUGAUUCUAUUAAAAUUGCUGCCAAAGAUGAUGAUGAUCACUUCUCUUUAUCAUUAUACUCAAAUGACGGUGCAUGUUCAUCAGAUGAUGCAUACUCUACCUUUGACUUUACAUGUCUCCAAGAAGGUGUUGCUCUUAAUGUUUCUGACUAUAAUGUAACUUGCUAUACAUCUGAUCCAAACAUUCCAAAAUAUAGUUUCUUUAAAGUUGAAAAACAUCUUUGUAACGAAAGAAGGGAUAUGGAAUUGGAUUCUUGUUUAUCUGUUAGCACUGCUGAAAUUCCAAAUUGUAAUGGCUCUGUUAAUUUUUCAUUUGGUACUACUUACAAUUUUAAUGUUUUCACAAAUGAUGAUUGCGGAGGUGCUCCAUUUAGAGUCGGUCCAUUUAAUUGUGCUGGUGAAGGUGAACAAAUCCAAGCUAGAGGUUUUGUAGUUACUUGCUAUUCUGAAGAUUACUUAUCAUCAUCUUCCAAACUAUCAAUUACCCUAUAUGUAUUAUUAUCUACUUUCAAUAAAGUUGUUUUAUCAGCAUCAAAUUAUAAUUAUUUUAAUAUUCAAAACAGCAAAUGCGAAUUUAAACAAGUUUCAACACUCGGAGAUUGUUCAGAAGUUACUAGCGAAAUUGAAGGAUGCACAGCUAAUUCAGUAGAGGUUGUUUAUUAUGGUGAAAAUAGUUUUACUUUAGAAACAUUCUCUGACAAAACAUGCUCACCAAAAGCUUUAUCAUCUGUUAAUUUUACAUGCACUGAAGAAGGAACACCACAAACUGUUGGUGACUAUACAUUCACAUGCUUUGCUGAAGAUCCAAGAGUUCCAAAAUAUAAUUAUUUUUCAGUUUUACAAAAUCGUUGUGAUGAUGGCGAGACUGCUAUGGCAUUAAGCUCUUGCUAUUUUAUUAACAAUACCAACAAACCACAAUGUACCGGUUCUGUAGAUAUCCAACAUUCUUUUGGAAACACAUUUAAUUUCGAUGUCUAUACCAAUAACAAUUGCUCAGGCACUCCAUUUAGAGUUGGUCCAUUUAAUUGCACUGGUAAUGGUGAAACCGUAGCCUCCAACAACUUUAAUGUCACCUGUUAUUUAGAUGAUCCAAAUUAUGACUCUUCCUCAUCCUUAUCUGUUUCCAUUAUCUUUAAUUUAUUUUUAUUAUUUUCUUUAAUUUUAUUUUUUAAUUAA